UUUACUUUGUUAUCAUCAGUCCGUUUUGUGCGUUUGACUAGUUCGAAGCGAAACUGUCUACUGUCUAGCUGUUCAGAAAUUAUGUCAUUUCAUGGUAAAGUGGUUUUAAUAACCGGAGCGAGUUCGGGUAUAGGCGCUGCUUGUGCAGAAUAUUUCGCUAAGGAAGGGGCUCUGCUCGCUUUAGUCGGACGGAAUGCAGAACGAUCCGCACGAGUAGCCGAAAAGAUUAAACAGUGUGGAGUUAAGGUCGCGCCAUUGGUCAUUUUGGCAGACAUUUCUGUUGACUCAAAACGCAUAAUCAACGAAACCAUAGCCAAAUAUGGUCGGUUGGAUAUUUUGAUUAAUAAUGCUGGAUUUUCAAUUCCCGGAACCAUUGAAAACACAACCGCCGAAGAUUUCGAUUCUGUUAUGGGUACGAACGUUCGUGGCACAUUUCUUCUAACACAAUUGGCCGUUCCAUAUUUGAUUGCAACUAAAGGCAAUAUCGUUAACGUUUCGAGUGUUGUGGGCUUGCGCGCAUUUGAAGGAAUUUUGGCGUAUGCUACGUCCAAGGCGGCUUUAGAUCAGUUCUCACGCUGCAUUGCACUUGAAUUAGCUAGCAAGGGCGUUCGGGUGAACACAGUUAAUCCGGCAGUAAUCGAUACAAAUUUUCAUACGAUUGAAUUCGGUUUUGCCCGUAGUACAUCAGAGUUUGUGGCUACGAGACAAUCACAUGCUGAGAUGCAUCCCAUCGGUCGCUACGGACAAACGGAAGAGGUUGUUGCUGCUAUUGCAUUUUUGGCGAAUGAAAGUGCUGGAUUUGUGACUGGUGUCAAUCUACCGAUCGAUGGUGGAUUCUCAAUUAAAUCGCCAUUGGGUGGAGAUCCAACUAAAUUGUGGAAAUCAUAGUUUUGUAAGACAGUUUUCAUUAAAAAUUUGUUGUUAUCUUCCUAAUAAUUCGUUGUUCACAUAAAACGUAACAAUAAAAGUUGAUUGUCUGAAAC